GGAGGUCAAAUGUGCUGCUAAGAGUUUUUGAAACGUGAGGCUGUUUCAAGGAAAGACACACAGAUAGACUAUUGUUCGUCGGAGUUAAAGUAGAUAUAGUUUACAGUGCCGUUAUUAAAGUUUAAAUUAAGAAGUAACGCUACGUGCUGCCGUGGUGUGUCCGUGUCGCACUAAUAGGUAUUUGACAGAUAACGUUAGCUUAUGCUAAUGCUAACGUUACAUGUCAUGUGCUCGUAUGCACUAUACGACCUUACAACCAGAAUAUAAGUAUGACUGUCUAAGUCAAACGUCCGCAUUAUCAACCGUGUUAAGGUAAUGCAUAGUGCAUUUCUGCAGAUUAUUAGCUUUUUGCAACCAAGUUCGUAAGCAAACGUAAGCUUCUGCACUUUGCUGACAUUUAUCUUGGUGUUUGGGAGCUUUGUGUCACGGUCACCGCUGUCAUGUUUCACUCCGUGUCCCGUCGUCCGAUCUGCGAGCUCGGCGUCAAUACGAUGAGGCUCCAGAGCAGCAGGCCCUUGAAGCGGACCGUCAAGGAAGGCAGAGACAGCAUGGAGAGGGUCCCAUUGCUGGGCAGGGGCAUGGGCCUGCUGCUGUCCUGGCUCCAGAGGGCAGGGGUCGGUGCCAGUGAGGCCGCAGGAUCAGGCCGAAAGAGGAAGGGUCUGCUCUCCAUAUUUGCAGACCACUGCGGCUUUGUAACCGGACAGAGGCUGCGGCGUGCGUGCCAGAUCGGCGAGCUUUACUCCAACCUGUACUCCGAGCGGACCAGGUCCACCCUGGUCGGUAACAUAUGGCGGAGAUUUCAGAGCAAGCACGCACCACAUGGGAAACUUGUCGCGGCCCUGGCUGGUAUCUUCCUGUGGGAGAAUGAAAAGAUCCAAGAUGAGGAAAUUCAAAGGUGUGGACUUGAGCUACAGGCAAUGGAGGCUGUUAAAUGUCUCAACACAACGUCAGGAACAAAGGCAGGACAGCUGGAACCUGGCUGGGAAGUUGUGGUGGAGAACAAAGGCUUCAAAGUGUGGAAGCGACCGAUACCCGACAGUCACCUCUAUGAAUACAGAGUGUUGGGCUCCUACAACGAUGUCACUCCAAGGCAGUUCUUCAAUGUACAGUUGGAUACAGAGUACAGAAAGAAGUGGGAUGCGCUGGUUAUCAAGCUUGAAGUGGUGGACAGAGAUGCCUAUACAGGCUCUGAAGUUGUGCACUGGGCUACACGCUUUCCGUAUCCCAUGUACUCGAGGGACUAUGUGUAUGUGCGGCGCUAUGAUGUGGACAUAGACAACAACCUGAUGGUCCUGGUAUCCAGAGCCGUGCAGCAUCCCAGAGUCCCAGAGACUCAGGACUUUGUGAGAGUCCAUUCAUACCAGUCAAAGAUGGUCAUCCGCCCUCACAAGUCCUUCGAUGAGAAUGGAUUUGAUUACCUGCUGACCUACAGUGACGAUCCGCAGACUGUCUUUCCUCGUUACUGUGUGAACUGGAUGGUGUCAAGUGGUAUGCCUGAUUUUCUGGAGAAGCUCCAUACUGCUGCCUUGAGGGCCAAGAACUUGGAAGUGGGGAUCUACGACUACGCAGGUGUCAUUAAAUCCAGUGACUCAAACCGCCAGCCGAGUCAGGAGCGCCUCAGUGGAGAAAAGCCACGUACAAGCGGCCCGGGACAGAUCUACGCUUGAGAUAGACAUUUUAUAGACCCGGGGUUAUCUUGGUGUUUUUCACGUGCACAAAAACCUCAAACCCUCCAGCCCAACUGUUUGGGUAGAUCGCAUGAGCUGCAAAUGGAAGUUGCGACCUUCAUAUAAGACAAAUGUACAGUAUGUCCAUCCGUAGACAUGGUUAUAUUGGUUGUAGAUGAGAUGUCACAAGAACAAUGGACUGCCUGGGAAAAUGUUGCCAUAGAAAUAUUCAUCCAGAUUGCUGGCAAUGGCAUUAUUUUUGCUUAGCCAGGCAAUUCUUUGUAGCAUUAUUUUGCCUUGUUGGUAAUUCUGUACGUGUGAAAACUGUUGGUAAGAUUGAGCCAAACUUCCUAAUUGUAGAGAUGCUUUUGCCAAAACACUUUCUCUCAUUUUAUCUUUCUAUGUCUUGUCUUCUAUUGUUCAACAAGGCUUGACUUUGAAGGCUGUUCAGACCCCAUGCAGUCACAUUAAAUAUUGUCUAUGGUGAGAUAACAGCGAGAUGUUGUGCAGUAUUGGACAUAGAAUGGUAACUGACUGGCUUUUGAUGGACAUUAUAUCUGUAUUAAAACUAAGGCCAAGAUUUCUGCACUGACCGAUGAGGAGUUGAGGCCUCUUCGGGAAUAAUUUGUACCACAUUUCUUCUUCAUUUCAUGAAUUUAAAGCAACUGGUUUCUUUUUAAUCGCAGCAUAAAUUAUUGAUUUUCAGGUGACUGGAUGGGGUGGAUUUAAAAAAAAAUAAUGAUGCCAUUAUUGGAAAAUUUGUCUACAGAAUUUUAAAGGAAACUCAAAGGUUCUUUGUGUUUUGGGGACAGCAUUGUUUUGCUGUCAGCACAGUGGAGGUUUCAUGCUAUUCAGCUCACUGCGGCUGUUCAAGACUGCCAGCGUCGACAAAACAGCCUUCUGAAGAUAAACCAGUCCUUCAGCAUUCGGGGCAUAGUGUCUUAUAACAACCACAUAAAUCCUCAAUAGAUUAAUUUCAGUUUAGAUCUACUAGCAAGGCAACCCUACAGAGAUAUGUUAUGAUAAACCAAUAUCCCUUUUUAGAGAAACUUGGAGCAAUUGUGCCACAUCAAAAUCCAUUCAGUUCACAUGAGUUUGAAAUAUUAAUUUGUCCCAUUUCAGCUCAGAAUUUUUUUUGUUACCGUGGUGUCCACUACGGACAUCACAGAACUUUGUACUAUGUGAGUUAUGUGUGUUGGUGUUUUUCUUUGGUACUGUAGAUCUUGUACAUUCAUAAAACUGUUGCCUGAAUACUGGAAAUCCCUGUUCACAACUAGUUCAGUAACAUUUAUCCCGCUUUGUGAUUUUUCAGUUUUUGUUAAUGUGGGUCCUACUGAAAUUCUCCAAUUCAUCCAUCCAAAUCAUCCUUGUUACUGUUGUAAUUAAUUUAGCAGGGGGGUGUUAUGAAUGUACAAAGAGCUUCCCAUUCUGUGGAAUAAAAUACCGCCUAAUAAAGUACACUGUUUACAGCCUAACAAUCUGGCACAAAUAUCUUGAAAUUCAUUUGUAUUUAAAAACAUCUUAGAUUGUGCGAAAAUGUCAUGUUAUGUGAUGGUGGUACAUCAGAGUGAAUAAGCUGCAAAACCGCAGGAUCCACCUUUCUGAAACAUUAGUACUGAAUAUAAUAAUAUACCCACUGUGUCAAAAAUGUGUAUAAUUCUACUCUGUAGUAGAGUAUUUCCAGCUCUACUACAGAGUACAAAAUAACAAUGGCAGAGUUUGGCAAUACAAGUGUGAGGGAGGAACUUAAAUGUUUUUUUGAUAUUCACCUCUUGUAUGGUCAAACAAAACAGAUUUAAGGGAUUUUAACCCAAUUAGACACAAUGCAACGUUUGCUAAUGUUCAGCUUGCGAAUGUAUUGUAACUGCUAAUGCUCAUAUUUGUGGAAACCUGUGUGCCACCUGCUGUAGUCUAAAAAAAAAAGAGUUGUCACAUACUGUUUUUGGUUUUUCUUUCUGCAGGAAGUAUAACAUUUGUGAUUAGCUACCACAGGAGAAUAACUUUAAGAACAGAAAAAAAUAUUGUGUGGACAUUAUCUGGUGCACUUAUUACCCUUUGCUUUCAAGACUGAGUGAAAUGGA